UAGGGGUUAUAUAAGACCCUUAGCCCCUCUUGUUCGCACCUUUAUUCUCCAUCAUUGGUCCGCGCUACCUAUGAGAAUUCAUACUCUUGUGCCGCUGCUCUGUGUUGGAAGUGCGUAUGCUCUUCCUACGCUACCCUGGCUUGCGCAAUUCCCCGUUGGGGGAUUAGUUCGCUGCUGGGGCUUGUUUGCGCCCCUUUCGGAGGACAGGACAGUUUACCAGGUUUUGAAAGACGACGACAGGUACUCGCGUUUAGUCAAAGCCAUCGACUUGAGCGACAGGGUCGUUGACCUACUGGACGACCCUGCGGCCAGCAUCACAUUUUUUGCGGUUCCAAACUCAGGUAUCCCACACCGUCAGCCCUCGCACGGGGAUGACGACGACGACGACGGUUAUCAGUUCAGCUCCACAUCUUUCGCGCCUAAACGUGGGGAUGAGCGUGACAUCGCUCAUGACCUUGGCCACCUCGUCCUUCAGGUUGAGGAACUUGAUGACGUACCCGAUUCUCGUGACAAGGACCAUCGUAAGGAGGCACUUGGCCGCAUCAUUCGCGGCAUCCUCGCGUAUCACACAUUGCCUGAGAAGCUGGAUUCUGCUGCGCUUGUUCAAAAUUCUACCUAUGCAACGAAUUUGACGUUGAAGGAUGGGAGCAUGGACCAUCAGCCACUGCGCUUGAGCGUUCAGAGCACGGUUGUUCCCCCUCGUCUCAGGAUUAACACUGUGGUAGAUGUUAUAAGACGUGACACUGAAGCUAGCAAUGGUGUAAUCCACACCAUCAAUAUUCCACUUCUGCCCCCCCCUUCUUUGUUCAGCGAGAUGUUCCUUUUUCCCGAAGUCUUCUCAUAUGUGACGUCCGCUAUUCAGCGUGUGGACCUAACUAGUGCACUUGAUCGUUGGUGGACCUCUGGCAAAGAUGGUGGUCACGGAUCAUUCGUUGGCGCAGAAAUCACCACUUUCUUUGCCCCCACAUCAGGAGCAUUCCAGCGUCUUCCCAACAAAUUAAGACUUUUCUUGUUCUCGCCCUUUGGCGCAAAAGCACUCAAGAAGCUUCUGGAGUAUCAUGUCGUGCCUCACGUCGUGCUACACACAGAUUAUGUGCACGAUGCCACUUCUUACACUGACUUCGUUGAUGACUGGAAGGCUGGUCCCCCCGUAGACCCUCCCGGAAAUCCUGUAUACGCUUACAACCUCACCCUUCCUACCCUGUUGGAGAACCACAGCUUGAAUGUCCAGGUUGCGCGCUAUAAAGCGAAGAUUCCUCUUCCUGGUCCUGCCCGCUACUUCACCAGGUUUACAGUCAAUGGGCGUGGCGUUGGACCGUACGACAUUCCUGCCCGGAACGGCGCUUUGCAUGUUAUUACGACGUUGCUCGAUCCUCGUGGCCACCACAAAGACCUCCAUAACUACUAUGGGCAUGAACCAGUUGACCUUGACUGGGAGGAUUGGGAGGAGUGGCUGCCACAAUGGGCUAUGCAAGAUUAAAUUGUUGUUUCAGUGCGCGGGUGCAAGUCAAUGGGACAUGCGGUGUGAUUGAUAUUUCGUUCAUUUUCAAACCAGACUACAACUGUAAUUUACGUGCUGUAACUGAUUUCUGAGUUGAUCUUGCUCCAAUGCUACAUAUUUAUUAAAA